UAUACCUUUGCUCCGCUUGCCCAAUACGUCACUCUUCAGAAAGCAGCAUCCAGAACGCGACGAUUUGAGAAAAUUGGUUUCUAUUACGCACAUUGAUUCUCCAAUUUCUCGUCCUGUGCGAUGUGGUUCCUAAAUCCAGGGCGGGAUGCUCUCUAUGCUGUACUGAGCCGUGUUCUUGCUCCCUAUGUGUCGAACCUCGAUAUGACGAAGUUCGAGGCUGGAUUAUGGGCCGGACAUUUCUCCGUGAACAAUUUGCGACUGAAGAAAUCGGCCCUGGAUAAGUUCAGACUCCCCAUUGAUGUCAUCGAGGGGCAUCUUGGCCAUCUUACGCUGAACAUACCAUGGGCAAACCUCUCGUCAAAGCCUGCGGAGGUCAUAAUUGAAGAUCUUUACGUCCUUGCAAUACCUGCCUCUGAGGCAAAGGUAGAUCUGGCGGAGGACGAUGCUCGUGACCAGGCCGCCAAGCAAGAGAGACUAGUGAACUCAGAAGUACUUCAUUCUUCUGGCACGGAGUUCUCUCCUGAGGAAGACGAGAGGAGUCACGGCGUUUUUGAAUCCUUGAUCAACCGCAUUGUCAAUAAUCUACAAAUCACCGUAAGAAACAUACAUAUCCGUUAUGAAGAUUCCCUCAGUGUCCCUGGACGUCCAUUUGCUGUAGGUGUCACCCUCGCAGAAUUCUCAGCCAUUUCGACAGACGACACAUGGGAGCCAGCUUUUGUGCAAAAUAUUUCGGAGCCUAUCCGAAAACUUUCCAUCCUAAAUUCCCUUUCUAUUUACUUUAACACUGACUCUCAAAGCAUCACAACGAAAAAGGGGGACGAAGUGUUGAGAUCAUUAAGGGAACAAAUCUCAAAUGAUAUCAAGCCUCCCCCUGGUCAUCAAUUUAUACUCAAACCUGUUACGGGACAAGGUAGAGUUAUCAUGAACAAGGGAGGGGCCCCAAAAAAGGCCAAGGUGGAAGCAGAGGUAUUCUUUGACGAAAUCGGCUUUGUCCUCGAUGAUUCACAAUACCGGGAUGCGAUCUCGAUGAUCGACAUGUAUCAUUUCUAUCUUAGGAGGUACAGAUACAAGCGUUUCCGGCCCAGCGAUGAAGAAAUUAGAUACAAUCCGAAGUUAGCACUCUUCAGAUUUGCUGCCAGGGCGAUACUCGAUGAGGUUCACCAAAAGCGAAGAUCUUGGACGUGGGAGCAUUUCAAGGAACGGCGCGAUGACAGAGGACAAUACAUACCCCUCUUUAUGAAACGGGAAUUUAGUGGCAGCCUUUCACCCGAAGAAACGUCCGCUUUUGAGGCGUUGGAACGAAAGCUCAGAUAUGAAGACAUCCGAUUCUAUCGCUCCAUAGCUCGUUCCCGGCUCCGCAAAGAGAGAGCGAGCCGGAAGGCGAAUGCUGAGAAGCAGAAGACUCAAAGUCAGCAGCAGCAGGGGUGGAUCGCAUGGGCCUGGAAUGGGACUCGAUACGCUGCCGGUUUGUCCGCGAACUCUUCAGAGGAACCCGGCCCAGACGGUAUGACGGACUCGCAACGCAAAGAGUUAUACGAAGCUAUCAAUUAUGACGAGAAGGAAGUCAUCGCGUCCGGGUUUGAACCGAGCCGUGAUAUCAUGAAGUUGAGCCUUUCUGCUCAGCUUCGUACUGGGUCCCUUGCCUUGAGGUCAGGAUUCCCCAAUGCAAAACACGAUAUCAUCUCUUUAGUCUUCGACGGAUUCUGUGCCGACAUCGUACAAAGGCCUGACAACCUUGAGGCUGCCCUCACUCUUGAUGGAAUGCAUAUCAAUGACGGAACUACACCAGGAACUCUGUAUCCUGACGUCAUUCGAAUGAAGGACAGUCUGGGCUCGAAGUCGGGCUCAUUCAAUGGUCUCAACCGACUAGAGAGUGCGAGAGCCGGAGAGGGCUCAGAUGCUAAACAGGAUUCCAGUCCCUUUUUCUCCCUCAAAUUUGAGAAUAACCCUCUCGAUGAGCGAGCUGAAAAUGCAAUCACGAUCAAGAUGAAGGCAAUGGAGGUUAUUUAUCACAGAGGGGUUCUUGAGGCCGUGUUCUCAUUCUUCAGACCCCCGGAGAGUCAGCUUGAAUCUGUAAAUGCCCUUUUGGAUGCUGCAAACGAGACCAUAGAAGGGCUAAGGAAUCAGACGCGUGCAGGUCUCGAAUACGCGCUUCAGACCCAUAAGACUAUCGAUAUGAAGGUUGACAUGAGCGCGCCCAUCAUUAUCAUCCCAGAAGACGUUUGUGCCCGGAAGUGUCGGCAUUUAGUUGUUGAUGUGGGCCAUAUAGCAGUAGAAAGUGAUCUCGCAGACAAAGCAGCACUAAGGGAAAUUCAAGCGAAGCGAAAUCAGCAAUACACAGACGAAGAUUUCCGUCGUCUGGAGUCAAUGAUGUACGAUAAAUUCCUCCUUUCCCUCACGUCGACUCAGGUCGUUAUAGGUCCCGACCUUGAAUUGUGUUUGGCAGCACUCGCCGAGCAUAAGAACGGAGAGUUACACCUCCUUGAGCGGAUUGAUAUCAGAUUCAAUGUCCAAAUGUCGAUCGUAGCGGAAGCAGCGAAUCUGACACGCUUCAAAGCGUCUGGAAAGCUUCCAUCUCUCGCAGUUAACAUUUCGAACUCGAAGUAUCAAGCUCUGAUGCGUAUAAUUGAUGUUGCUAUCCCUCAUUUUGGUGAAAACCAACAACCGUCAACGCGGGACAGUCAGAGAGAGCAACUGGUUGUCGAUCGCGGAGUAUCAACGAAAUUUUUCGAUACUGGUGCCGGGCCAGAAUAUGUCGUCGAAGACCCUACCACUAGCACGGGCGCCUUCGAACAGCGAUCUGCUUCGCCUCAUGACCCUUCAAAUCAGCGGAUUUUUGAACUUCAGUUUGAGGUUGAAAGGCUUCAAGCAUCCCUUUACAAGACCAGCCCUGACGAAACCGAAAAUCUUUUAGCGGAGGCUUCUCUGAACUUCUUUACUUUGCGUUUCGUUCUUUCGACGUAUGACAUGAAAGCGGAUAUAUCAUUACGAGCUCUUGGUCUGAGUAUGAUUCCUCAAGAACCGUUGGCAGGAGAGAAUGCCAUCCCUCUCUUGUCUUCUGUGGAUAAUGCUUUACACCAGGCCACUCCACGUUCGACAGAUGUCAUGCGGGUCCACUAUACACGAGUCCAGAAGAAUUCGCCCGAUUUUUUAGGGUUAUUUGAGGGCAUCGAUCAGCACGUCAACAUCGAGUUGUCAACUCUUGUGUUCUCUGCGGUACCCAAGCCAGUAAUUGAUCUCUACGAAUUCAUCAUGUUGACCUUCGUCCCUACUGGGACUGACGCCAGCGAUUCAUCACCUGGGCAGCCUCCAGUCGGCUCGGGAGAAUCAGUUCAAAAAGCCAAAGGACUGAGUGUAGACCGAAUUCGUUUGAGGCUCCAACUAAGCAGCGUCCAACUUAUUCUAAUCGAUAAUCGCAGAAUAGCUACACUCUCCCUUUCCACCGCAAAAGUUACUCUCUUGCUCCAGUCCAAUACAUUGCAACUAACACUUCAAUUGGGCAAUCUAAGUCUAAUCGAUGACUCCAAGGGCACUAUCGGUUUUAAAGCCAAUAACUCCGUCCUUUCAAUUGAAGGUGACAACCUUGCGGAUCUUACGUACGAGACAUUCGAUUUGCAAGCCCAUCCAGACAAAAAAGUUAACUCCUCAGUCGAUUUGCGUUCCGGCUCGCUCAAAUUUUAUGUGCUGGAGAAACCCCUUCAUGAUCUCUAUCAAUUUCUGGUGAAAUUCGCACGGCUAAAAAGCCUGUACGACGCAGCCAGGGAAGCUGCUGUCCAAAGAGCAUCUGAAAUCCAAAAAAUGCAGUUCAAUGUCGCCAUUCAAUCCCCAAUCCUUGUUUUCCCUAGCGAGAUCACCAGUAGCCAGCAUCGGCUGGUGAUGCGCUUGGGAAAGAUUGCAGCGAAGAACGAUUACCUUGAGCAUUCGAGCCACAUUGGCGCCAGUCUCACAGGCAUCAGCCUGACAUCUGAAAAUGAUCACAACCAACUUCCGAACUUGCUGAAAAUGCUGGAUUUCGUAGACAUUUAUGCGGACAUCAAUCAGUUUGAUAAUAGCGAUCCUAGCAAACCGGGUAGUUGGGUUACGGUCCAAAUGUCGGACGUUGACAUGUCUCUGACACAGAACCAGUAUUGCGCAAUAAUGCGGAUUUUAGAAGCAAUCCCUCGUAUCAUUGACGUCGGUCAGGUCCCCUCACCUGACCAACCUAAGGCAGAGCCGGCUCAAUAUGCUGAGAAAGCUACAGAUAUCAUAACACCGACCCCUCCAGAUCUUGCACCAGAGUUGCAAUAUACUCUCUCGGCCCCUUCUUCUGAGGAGACUCCGAGGGCUUUACUUGAGCUUCUGUUUACGCUCAAGGCUGUCCGCUUGCAUCUUUAUAGUGCUGAGGCUAUACAAGAGUCAGAUCUCAGGAACGCAGGGAUUGCCCGUUUCGCCUUGUCUGAAACCACACUCCGUAUGAAGACCCUGCCAAGGGGUGGAACACAAGCUGAGGUUGUUCUUCAGUCAUUUACAAUGACCAACACAUGCCCAGGAUCCUCGCGCUUCAGAGAAAUUAUACCCGCCCAGAGGAACCGCAGCCAGCCGCAAGCCAUGGCCACGUAUACUUCCUCUGGUACUGGAAGUGACCAAUCGACUCUUAUCGUGCUUACCGUGGAUUCUCCGAAAGUAUUAUUUGCCCUUGAUCCCGUCUUCGCAUUGCUUGCAUUCUUUACUAGUGCUUUCCCCUCCAGACCAUCUCCUGACCCGACACAUGGAGUCGAAACCACUCCAGGGAACGCCACUGGGGAUCCUAGUGCCUUACAGCCGAAGCUACGAUUCAGGGUUGAUCUUCAUGACGUAUCACUCACACUCUUGGAUAACGACGGGGAUCCAGAUAGCCGUGCCAUCGCUUUAUCCAUCAAACAGAUCCUAACGAGCCAAGAGGGUAUCCUUGCUCUAUCAAUCAAUCAGCUUGGGAUGGCUUUGACUACCAUGCAAUCACACGAGCACCUCAAAUUUCUGGAUGAGCUUGAUUUCACACUGUCUCUUGACAAUCGCCAAACAGCGAAACAUCAAAUGACAAGUAUUGAGGUCUCUUUGCAACCUGUCAUUUUCAGAGCUUCACCCUCCGACAUUAGUUUGAUACUGGGCAUUAUCAGCCGCGCAACAAGCAUGUAUUCUUCCCAGUCAUCUAAAGCCCAGCCUCAGCAGCCAUCUGCCACCAAAUCCAAUCCGAGAGGCCCCUCAGCAGCGGACCGCUCGAGUAGGAAGGUGCCGACCAGAAGUGAUCGAGGAAGAUCAUCAAUCGGCCAACCUCAAGUCUAUAUAUUAAAGGAGAAACUCAGUGCAAGGUUUGAAGGGUUGCGGCUCGUAUUGAUUGGGCAGAUGUAUCAGCUUCCCAUUGUUGACUUCAACAUUGGCGCAUUUGAAGUCACUCUGAGUGAUUGGUCCAGGGAGCUUUCAGGUGCUACCACAAUUGCCGUAAAUAUGCAGUACUGGAACUUUUUAAACUCGCACUGGGAGCCACUCAUUGAUCCAUGGAAGAUGUCUUUGCAGAUUGCAGACCAAUCGCAAGCAAAUCUGGGAAAAGUGGUGACACUUUCGUCCAUGGAUAGGCUUGAUGUGAACUUCACGUCAGCCUUCGUUGAAUUGGCAUUGUCAAUAGCAUCGACCUGGCCGUCCCAGAGCGAGAGGUCGCUGCAAUACGACCGAACCGAACGUGCGCCUUAUAGGGUUUGGAAUUGCACCGGGAGUCCAAUUGCUGUAUGGCAUGACCGAGAUGGCAACAAUAGAGAGACGAUUGAAAAUGCGGUUAGGCUUGAGAAUGAUAAGAUGGUUGACUGGAGGUUUGAAGACAGCAAGAGUCUGCGAGAGCGCAUUGCCACGAGUCGCAAUAAUAUGAUCGGCAUCCAAUUUCAAGAACGCUCCUGGGAUCCUCUACGAUCAAUUUCUGUGGAUACCGAGGGUGAAUCUGUCUACGUCCUUCGUCCUAGGACAGGGCAUGUCUCCGAUAGACUUUUGUGUGAAAUCCGUGUCGAGGAAACCGUUAAAGUUGUCACCCUUCGUUCCACCUAUCUGAUCGAGAAUCUCACUCUUUACCCACUGGAAUUGGUUGUCAUGGACAUCAAAAACAAGCCGGGUUAUCCUGUUCAGAAACUAGCACCGGGAAAAAGCUUUGCGGUUCCUAUUGAGGCAGUCACCCAAUACAGAAUCAAGAUUCGCCCUGACAGUGGAUUUGGCUAUAACUGGUGCUCAGAUGCGAUCCGAUGGGAGGACAUGAUUCGGAUGCCUGUAUCGAAUAUUGUCUGCCGUUCGAAGGAUGACAUCGAGCCUCCCUUUCGCUUCCAAGCAUCAGCCCAUUUCGACCCCCAUGAUCCUUCGGCCCGGAAGUAUCCCAAAAUUACUUUGCAAUUACGGGCCCCUAUUGAAAUUGAGAAUCUUCUUCCAUACGACUUAAACUACCGCAUAUUCGACAAGAACACGAAUCAGAACUGGUCUAGCUUCCUGCGAAAAGGUGGAACUAUGCCCGUCCAUUCUGUGCAACUCGACCAUCUGGUCCUUUUAAAUGUGGAUGUUCAAGACUCGGGACUGAAACCUAGCGAAUUUGCCAUCAUCAACACCGAUAAUCCGGCGGACUUUGACAUCGAAAAGAAACUCACGUUGUCUGACAAGAGCGGGCGAGGGAUUGAUCUACGACUUAACUAUGUAAAAUAUCCUAAUGCCGGAGGGGCGUUUAAGGCUCAGAUCUACAGCCCUUUUGUGCUUGUCAACCGUACCGGUCUGCCGUUCUCCCUGCGGUCAGGAUCUUCAAAGGCUGUUGCAGGACUCAUGGGUACCGAGACUAGUCAGCCCGGGCCGUUUAUGUUUUCGCAUGCUCAAUCGCGGGGCCAUGAGUUCUCUCUGCGGUUAGGGGAAUCUAGCUGGUCAAAUGUACUCUCGUUCGAGGCACCAAGUGCCGAAACCCAGGUCAUUCUUGACAGACCCGGUACCAAGGAUUGCUAUCAUGUCGGGGUCUCGUGGGAACUCGGACUUGGGAAGUACAAGUUGAUCAAAGUCGUUACGUUGGCUCCUAGGUGCAUUGUGAAGAAUAACCUAGACAGAGCUAUCACAUGCCGAGAGGUCGGAGUACCUCCGACAGAGAAUUCUACAGUCCAACCUGGAAGCAGGCUUUCGAUGUUGCAACUCCGGUCAAGGACCGAAGAGCUGCUGAAGGUUGCUUACCCCGGAUUGAAUGCCAGAUGGACGGCUCCAAUCAACAUGCAGGUCGUAGGCGCAAUCCAUCUGCGAAUGUAUGCUCCGGGGGAAGAGGAACAAAAGCCUGACCUUGUUAAAGUCGAUAUUGCAGUUGAGAGUGCGACCAUUUUUGUCACUUUUUCACUCGAAACUGGUCGCUGGCCAUUUAGGAUUGAAAAUGACAGCGAUAUCCCGUUCUCAUUCUGUCAAUCCGAUGACUCAUUGUCUGCUGCGUCCUCAUCCCGUGUUCCUCGUAACACCGUUCAGGCACACUCAUCCAUUGAUUACGCAUGGGACUCCCCUUCGGCACCGAACAAGAGAAUUCGACUGUUUGCACCUAAUGGCGAUUCUCGAGAGAUUGACAUUGUGGAGAUCGGAGACUUAAUCCCCUUCAAGUUCCGUACAAAUCGUGGUUCGUUUACUGUGUCUCUCGAUGUACGGGCGGACAUGGGCGCCCAAGUGCUUUCCAUCUCGAACUACGUCCAGGAAUAUAGUUUAUACAGACCAGCCCUGCGGAGGUCAAGUUCCGCAUCCCGCUCUGAUACGUUGGUGGGGACGGAGGCCUUUGAAACUGUUAUCCCGAAGGAUGUCAGGAUCAACUUAACUAUCAACCUUGACUUUGAAGGACUUGGACUCUCUCUCGUUAACAAGAAAUUGGUGGAGUUGAUGUACAUCUCGUGCACCAAAAUGAAGGUCGAAUACACAGACACGGACGCCGCACAAAGCGUCAAUCUCUCCAUUGGUUCAGUGCAAGUGGAUAAUCAACUCCAUGAUGCUCUCUAUCCAGUCAUUCUCCAGCCCACGCCGAUCUCGAGAUCUGAUCGGACAGCAGAUAUUCCCGCGAUACAGGCUUCGCUUAUGAUGCUGAAAGACGACUCGCACGGUGUUUUGUUCAUCAAGUACGCCUCUGUCUUGCUGCAGGCCAUGAGUAUCAGUGCGGACGAAGAUUUCUUGUUCGCUCUUCUCGAUUUCUCCAAGUUCUCCUCCGUUUCAUGGGGAGACAGUAAACAGGACGCGCUGCUCCGCCAUCCUGAUGGCAUACCGGACCCAACGCCAGUUGCCGAGGGUCAAGAGCUUUACUUCGAAGUCCUGGAGUUGCAGCCGGUACGGCUGUUGCUCUCGUUUAUGCGUACGGAGAGGAUUAAUGCAGAAGACAAACUGGUUAUUCGGAGUCCUAUAGCGGUGGUCAUAAAUACACUCACCAUGACGCUGGGAAAUGUCAAUGAAGCACCCCUGGAGUUGAACGCCUUGGGUAUUAAGGACGCGCGUAUGACUUCCACGAUUCUCCUAGACCGAAUCAUAUUCCACUACCGUCAGGAGGUCCUUCGCCAAAUCUAUCGCAUCCUGGGGUCGGCGGAUUUCCUUGGGAAUCCAGUUGGUCUCUUCACCAAUGUUAGCUCUGGGAUUGUAGAUGUUUUCUACGAACCCUACAAAGGCGUGGUCAUGCAUGGUAACUCAGAACUUGGAGUUGGGAUUGCCAAAGGUGCAGCCAGCCUAGUAAAGAAAACUAUUUUUGGCCUCUCGGAUAGUGUCACCAAGGUUACAAGUAGUAUCGGAAAGGGAUUAUCAUCUGCCACUUUCGACUCUGAGUUCCAACGUCAAAGAAGAUUGGCGCAACGACAGAACAAACCAAAACAUGCUAUUUAUGGGGUUGCCGCUGGCGCCGAGGCUCUUGCCACUAGUUUUCAGAGUGGCAUCGAGGGUGUCGUGAUGAAGCCCAUUGAAGGCGCCGAGUCUGGUGGCGCUGUCGGUUUUUUCAAAGGAAUCGGGAAAGGACUUGUAGGUGCCGUCGCAAAGCCAAUGGUCGGAGUUUUCGAUUUGGCAUCAAAUGUGUCAGAAGGUAUCCGCAACACAACUACUGUUUUUGAUGCACCAAAGCGCGACCGUGUGCGAAUACCCAGGCAUGUACCAUAUGAUGGAAUAUUGCAGCCGUACUCCCAACUCGAGGCCGUCGGUCAGUCAUGGCUGAAAGACCUCGAAGGCGGAAAAUUCCGGAACGAAGCAUAUGUCGCUCACCUUGAAACGCCCGGACACGACGUUGUAGUCAUCCUCACAACAUCAAUCAUAAUAGCCUUCGGGCAAAGGAAAUUGAGGCUCGAAUGGGAGAUUCCGUUUAAUCGACUUCAGGCGAUCACUCUUGACGAUUCUGGCAUACGGUUCAGCGAUAAAGCAGGAAAGGAGUAUGACCAGUUUGUUCCCGCACCGAAGAAGACUAAAGCUUGGUUCUACAAAGAGAUCGAGAAAGUCAUUCUACGUUAUACUACACGACGGAGGAUGGAGCGUUAGAGUGUAUGUUGAAAUUUCUAUCAAGUACUCGUUGGAUUCUAAUUUAAUAGAGGCGGGUGACCUGCCUAUCGUUGGAUGAAUUGCUAUCCUACCUCUUUUUCUCAACAACACGUGUGUAAACAUCCUCCCGAAUUAAAAUUCUACUAUGAAAAAACAUAUGUCUGGGGGGUCUCAGAAAAAUGGGGUUGGCCAACGUUCUUGGGAAAAAAAUUAUGAAAGAGCGAU